AUGGCGGGUGUACCUAAAUAAAAAUAAAUGAAAAGCAUACCAUAUUUUUGUAUCUAAUUUGUACUAUUUAGUACCUCCGCUAAAAAAAAUUGUACCUUACGGUACACAAAGUUAUCAUAAAAAAAAACAGUACACCCGCCAUCCUGACAGUCAGAAUGGCGGGUGUACUUUAUUACGCUAUGUUCCCGUGGUUAUUGAUAAAUUCUAUAAAAGCCAGUUAUUGAUAAAUUCUAUAAAGGACAUGAUCAGUUUAGCUGUUUUUGAGUUAUCGCAAAAAGUUUCCCCUUCAUAGUAAAAAGACUUACUUUAAUUAGGUACUGAUUAUGCAAAUUUGCCUAUUUGUUUAACUCGCGUGAAAGGUACCGUUUCAUCCGUUGGUUAACAAUUUACUAUACUUUAAGCUCCAGUUUAGCUUAUUGUGACGGAAGAGUAACUACGGAACCCUACACUGAGCGUGGCCCGACAUGCUCUUGGCCGGUUUUUUUUAAAAUAUACGAAAUAAUGCUGAGUGGCGCCAUUAACGUAUUUUGAAAAUACACGAAAUUAUGUCAUCAAGUUUGGGAUACCAAUUAAUAGUCAAAGUUACUACAAUUUCUACCAUAUUAAAUUUAAUGUUUUUUUUUUUGUUAUGCACAUGCUUGUUUUAAUUGGUUAAUAAUAUUAACAUCAUCGUUAUUUACAGAUUACUUAAAAUGUAUCAGCACUAAAGUAGUAUAAGAAGGUAAUUAAUUUCAGUAGUAUAUUGAUAUUAUUACUACUACAAUGGUAUCUUUUUAACAUUGGCAACAUGUGCGAGUGAGACACAAGGCUCGGGUUUUGCUAUCUCAAUUGGACCGUUUUCUCUAGUCUGGUACGAAUACCUUUCUUGCUCGGUGAUAAGGUUCAAUUUGGUAUGGCAAAAAAGUCAUUGCGCUCUCCACUUUAUGUUAACCUUCAUGCACUGUCACGCGUCACUGUUCUGACUAUCACUGUUCGGAAAUUUGCGCGGUACCGCGGUAUACGGCGCCGGUAUUUGGUUCGCUAAUACGGCCACAUCUUAAGAAUAAAUAUUAUUCAUCGAGAAAAUAACACAGAUUACCAAGCUGGAAAUCAUACAAAAUGCAAAGUGAAGAUUUUCACGAUGUUGAUGUGCUUAUCAGACCAGCCAGAAAAGAUGAUAUGGCGGCUGUCGCUAGUUUAAUACAGGAACUGGCUGAUUUCCAAAAUAUGUCAGAUGGCCCGAAAAUUAAUGCUUCAGAUUUACAGCGAGAUGGCUUUGAAACAACACCACCAGCAUUUCUGCUUCUUGUAGCAGAGAACAAAGGGAAUAAUGCAAUUGUUGGCUAUGCUCUGUACUUUAGAACAUAUUCAACUUGGGAGGGCCCUGCCAUGAUGCUGGAAGACUUGUAUGUGAAACCUGCACUGAGGAGGCAAGGUAUAGGGAGAAGGCUUUUUAAAGCGGUCACCGAGCAAGCAGCACUGGCCAGAUGUUCACGAUUAGACUUUCAUGUCUUAGAAUGGAAUAGAGCAAAAUCAUUUUAUGAGUCCAUUGGAGCUGUAAACCUGACCAAAUCCGAACAAUGGUGCUUGUACCGUUUGUCUGGGGAAGCUUUUGAAAAAGCAGCUAAUCAAAAGUAGCAUGUCAGUGUUGGGCUGUUGGGUACUGAAUAAAAGACUCAAUGUGAUCAAACAUUAUGGGUAUAUUUUUGUAAUAUAAUAUUAUGUACAACAUAAUAUAUUGUGUAGAUAACUGUUGUGGCAUUAUUUAGCUAACUUUAAUGUGAUAUUGUCAAUUUGGUGACAAAGUCUGUGUUUGUUAGUGAAAUAAAAUUCGUACAAACUAUUAAAUCUAAAACUAUGUACAAAUAUGUAAUUAUAAAUGCCAUUUAUUUAACUUACAGUCUAUAAAUAAUACUACUCCGUUUACAGUAAUUACCUAUCUUCAUUGGAAUUACUAUCAAAUCACACUUUAAGGGUUAGUUCAAGUUUCUUUUUCACAAUAUUUCACUUGCAGUCAUGGAAGUCAUGCUUUGAACCAUUUUUGAAUUUACGCAUAUUUUCUCUUGAAUCCAUACAAGUAUUCAGACUUUGUAUCAAGGCAUUAUUACAGGGGCUACAUGGAACAUCGGAAUUGGAGUAUUGUCUAUUAUUCACACUAAAUUGGAGUGACAGAGAUGGAAUACACAUUUUCAAAGUUUGUUGUAGGCCCGCUGGUGUUGUAGUUAUUUGCAGUACUUUAGUGGAAUAAGUAGUAGUCUAGUCAGUCAAAUAUAAUCUGUUUUUACAAAUAUGUAUAACGUGACCGAAUCAGAAGAACAAAUUAGAAUUUAGAUUGAAUAUGGCAGAACUAGUUUGUCUCAUCCAAUAGUAUUGAAACAGUAUUCAUAAAUAUUUCAAACGUUUGUUAUAUACAUAACUUACAUCAUAGACUUAUAACUAAUUGUAAGACAGAUUCCUUGGCAUUUGUUCAUUAUCUAAUUUGUGGAAUGCAUUGGUGGGGCGAUAUUGUUUCACAAUGCGUUGCCCGCGCGGUGCCACGGCUACGCCACUGUUAUCCCGCACAGUUCCACUUGUGUAAGGUUCACCUUAACAUAUUAAAAAUAAUUGAUUUUUAUUCA